AUGAUAGCUUGUUCGUGGAUACAGUUCAUGAUUCACAAUUGGAUUGAUCAUUUGGAGGACACUGAACAGGUGGAACUUAGUGUUCCUGGUGAAGGGUUUGCAAGUGGAUGUCCUCUGAAGACUUUCGAGUGUUUCAAGACUAAGAAAUUCCAAACCGGCUCUUCGCAUACCAAGUUUGGCUUCCAAAACACUAGGACUCCAUGGUGGGAUGGAAGUGUGGUAUAUGGGAACAUUGAGAAGGGAAUGAGUAGAGGUUUCUUCGGCAUAAAAGAGGUCGAACGAGAAAAAUCAGGCACUGAUGGUGGCGAUGGUGGUGGUAACCGGAGAUUGAGACCGGACGUGUCGAGUUUGUUGAAGACUGAAAAAGAUAUGAAUUUGAAUAAGUUUUUGUUGGACCUUAGAAUUUCAGGGUAUAGCUUAUCUGUGAAUGUGAUUCAGUUUGUGUAUUCGGGGUUGCAGAUAUGUGAUCUAGUGAAGAACUUGAUCAGCCGAAUGCAUAUAGUGGAGCAAUUCACUUUAACGUGUAAAACAAGGCAAAAACAUAACUCUUAA